AUGGAAAACGACACAAACAACAACAGCGACCGUAACGGCUCGGUAGAAGCCUUCUACAGGGGCGGGUGUAUCUUAGUCACCGGAGGAACGGGCUUCGUGGGUAAGGCCCUAGUGGAGAAGCUCCUCCGGUCAUGUCCUGGCAUCGACACCGUUUACCUCCUCAUCCGGCCGAAGAAGGGACUCACUCCGCAGGCUAGGCUUAAGGAGCUCCUCGACAACGUGGUUUUUGACAGAGUACGAGAUGCUGGUCUACUCAGCAAAGUUGUUGGAGUGGUGGGUGACGUUAUGGAACCUGAACUCGGCCUCAGCGCGACAGACAGAGAAAUUUUAACGCGGAGAGUCACAGUCGUCUUCCACUCUGCUGCGACAGUCAAGUUCAAUGAAACCCUUCGAGACGCUGUGAAACUCAACACGAUGGGAACUCAAGCCGUCAUAGAACUCUGCAAACAUAUGGUUCAAUUACGGGCUGUCAUACACGUCUCAACUGCAUAUUCAAAUGCUGAUAAAAUUGAAGUUGAAGAAAAAGUUUAUCCACCACCUGCAAGUCCUGAAUGGAUUGUGUCCUGCCUUCAACAAGUUUCUCCAGAGAUGAUGGACCAUCUAGCAAUCGCACUGACUCAAAAUCAUCCAAACACGUACACUGUUACUAAAGCAAUGGCUGAAUCUAUUGUAGAGCAACACGCUGAGGAAUUACCUAUUGCCAUAGUUCGACCAUCAAUUGUAACCGCUGCCUGGCAAGAACCUUUUCCAGGCUGGGUAGACAAUUUUGCUGGUAUAACUGGAAUCAUGUGUGAAAUAGCCCGAGGAACUAUUCGAUCUAUUAUUUGCAAUGACAAAUAUUUGGUCGAUAUUAUCCCUGUAGACAUUGUUGUUGAUACACUUAUUGUUGCUGCAUGGCACACUGCUACAUUUAGAAAAAGUGUAGUUCCUGUUUAUAACUGUACAUCAGGUACCCUUAAUCCCAUUACCUGGAAACAACUUGGUAUUUUAACUCUGAAACACUCUUAUUCCACACCAUCAAAGUAUGUCCAGUGGUACCCUGGAUUCAGUUUCACAACAAAUAGGUUGAUGCACAAUGUAAAGGAUGUUCUACUCCAUACUUUUCCUGCAUUUAUGAUGGAUGUAUUGCUUCGUAUUAGAGGAGCUAAACCUAUGAAUUUAAUUUUUCAGCCAACAGUUGUCAAAGGCCUGAAAAGGCCAACAUUUAUAGAUUUACUUAAUAACAAGGUUUUUUGGAGCAUGCUGAAACUCUGCAAAAGAAUUCGUUUUGCUGCCAAAUCUGGAGAAUUUUUUUCUCUUCAUGAAUGGAAAUUUUAUUGUGAUAACCAAGCUGCUUUGAACAACGACAUGAGUGAGCAUGAUCGUUCUGUUUUUCAUACAGAAGUCUCAAAAAUUGGUUGGGAUGACUACGUCAAACUUUUCCUAAUUGGAAUCAGAAAAUAUGGUCUAAAGGAUUCCCUUGAUUCACUUCCAGCAGCAAUGAAAAAAUUAAACAGGCUGCUUUGGUUACAAAGAGUAGGAAAAUUAGUAACUUUUUAUCUUAUUUAUAAGCUAGUAAUGAGGUUCAGAUGA